AUGAAGAUGCUGAUGUGUGACCGCGGCGUCCAGAUGCUCGUGACGACGGUGGGCGCGUUCGCCGCCUUCAGCCUCAUGACCAUCGCCGUCGGGACCGACUACUGGCUGUACUCGCGCGGGGUCUGUCGCAACAAGAACAGCGGCGACAACGACACGAGCCGCAAGAACGAGGAGGUGAUGACGCACUCCGGCCUGUGGCGAACCUGCUGUCUGGAAGGAACAUUCAGAGGAGUGUGUAAGAAGAUUGAUCACUUCCCAGAAGAUGCUGACUAUGAAGCAGAUGCUGCUGAAUACCUCCUCCGUGCUGUGCGUGCCUCCAGUAUCUUCCCCAUCAUGAGUGUGGGUCUGCUGUUCCUGGGGGGGCUCUGCGUGGCCGCCAGUGAGUUUUACCGGAGCCGACACAACGUCAUCCUCAGUGCAGGAAUCUUCUUCGUCUCCGCAGGCCUCAGUAACAUCAUUGGAAUUAUAGUCUACAUCUCCGCCAACUCGGGCGACCCGGGUCAGAGCGACAGCAAGAAGUCCUACUCCUACGGCUGGUCCUUCUACUUUGGCGCCCUCUCCUUCAUCAUGGCGGAAAUGGUGGGCGUGCUGGCCGUGCACAUGUUCAUCGAGAAGCACCGCAAGCAGCGAGCCAAGUCCCGCACCGAGCUCAUCAAGAAGUCCGCCUUCAGCCGCAUCCCGUCCUACCGCUACCGCUUCCGGCGCCGCUCCAGCGUGCGCUCGUCCGAGGCCCCCAGCCGCGACGCCUCCCCCCUGGGGAAAGGUGGCUACACGGGGCCCGCCGCCUCCGAGAUGCCCAUGUACACGCUGAACCCGCGUGAGGCGGGCAACGCCGGCACCAAGCCGGGCGGCGGCAUGGGCGGGCUGCUCAACUCGGAGAGGGAGUUCCUCCAGAGCAGCACGCUCACUAAAGACUACAACAAGGACCCCAACCGCAGGACCACGCCCGUCUGA